AUGAACCCUCCCGCCAUGAAAUUCCUUCCAGUCUCUUCCCCGCUCACUCACCCCGCCGGCAGCAUCCAGGUGCCCCCAAAAACCCUGGUGCCCCCCGUGUUCCAGGCUGCCCGCUGGGCACGGGGCAGCAGCUCUGCCUCCAGCGCUGAGGAUUCCCAGGAUUCGGGCUCCGAGGAAAAGCAGAGGCAGCUCCAGCAGAGCGUCCUCCUGCAGAACCAGGGCCUGGCACGGCACCGGGGUGGGGACACCCCAGAGGGGGACAGCGCCGAUGGGGACAGCCUGGAGGAGAUGAGCUCUGCGGAGGAAGGAGCCGAGCACGACGCGAGGAAAGCAAAGAUUUGUGCGAGGAAUCAACAGCCUGUGGACAAACAUUCCAGCCUGAGGUACAAUUCUCAUUGGAAGAAUGCAAAAAAAGGAGAUUUUUUUGAGGCAGAGAAGGCACCCCAGAUUUUUGGAGGAAGCAGUGGGGACUUUUCAGUGGAUUCAUUUUAUCUCCACUCUGACGGCUCCUCAGAGGACAAUCACCAGAGCCAGGAUUCUCUCCCAGAGAUUGAUCCAGAAUUAUUCACAUUUUAUGGAGCAAACGUGGCCAGCACCAAGGCUGAUGGGCCACAAGCCAAAAGGGAGGAACCUGCAGAUGGAUUUCAUUCCAAAAAUAAUCCUGGCCACGCUUUUCCUCCUCAGAACCAACAGGAUCCACCCCAAAGAGCAAAAAAAAACUUUGUGAAAAAGAACAAACGGACUUUGGGACAGUCAGAGAGGAUCAAUUCCUACCUUGAGCUGCACCAUAAAAAGCAGCAAGUUCUUCAAGGGCAGGUCCCAGAUCCUCCACCAGCUGAUGAAGAACCAUUCCAGAAUGUUCCAGCAUCCCAAACUGGGAAAAUGAAGCCUGAAGACAAAUGGUACCCAAAAGGACAGCAGCUCAAGGACCCCAGCCCAGCCCUCGCCCCAAAUUCUUCUCUUUGCCCGCCGGAAAAACCCCAAAGCGGCUUCAACGACAUCCCAAAUUCACUCCUUGCCACGCCUGGCUGUUUCCUCCCGAUAUUUCAGAAUUUUUACCCGCCAGAAGUUUUAAAUGCCAGCCAGGAGGACAAGAAACACCAGCAGGACUCUGCAGCUGGAAUUCCGCAGCAAUUCCCUGCCGGUCCCAUCCCUGGGCAGGAUUUUUCCUGGAAUGGCAGCAGCAGUGAGCAGGCACAUCCGGAAUUGGAGAAUGUUCCAGCUGAUUUUAACGCCAUUUUUCAAGAAAAAGCGAAGGAUCAAGCAGCGCUUCCAGAUUUCCAAAGUCACAUUCAUGAGGAUUGCAGCUCGCCGACAUCUGCUUGCAGAAUCUCCCAUUUCAUAGAAAAGAAGGAAAAGCCACGAUUUUCUGAUUUUGGAGAUGCUUUUGCAGGCACGUGGCUGUGGGGUUUGUUCCCACCUGCCCUGCCCCAGGGGGACUCGGGAAAAGCUGAAGGAAACCCAAGGAAAAUGAGAAGGAGCAGCUCAGAGGGGUCUCUCCUACAAAGGGAAAAGCAAAACCAGCCCAAAAUCAGCAAAAAGCUGGGCAGCUCCAAAUUCUACCUCAAUCAGAGUAUGAAGCUUGGAGGCCUUGGACCUGACUAUGAAACAAUCAAAGAGAAAAAAGAAAAGAUGAAGCUGCAGAAGGAAUAUUCCAGGCAAAUUAAGGAAUAUAACAUGAAGAAUAUCACCGUGGUUCAGAGGCUGCCUGCAAAGCCCCAGGUGCCCUCAGUGUCCAGGCAGAAGGCUCUGGAAUACGCCAAGAAGAUCCCAAGACCGAAGAUUUUGCCAGCGAAGCAAUCGGAGCAGGAGGGGAAGGAGGUUCUGGCCCAGGCUCCAGCUGGACCCAGGUUCCCCCAAAUCCCGUCCCUGGAAUCCCUGUGGAGCCGGCACGAGAAGGAGAAGGAGGCUGUGGCUGCUUUUGAAGCCCUUCACAUCUUGUAGGUAUUGGGGGACUCUCAGGGAUCGAGGCAAAAAUGCCUGAAUUGUUUUUAUUUGCGCCUGUGACCAUCACAUCUUCAUUUCCCAGUCCAUUGAAAUUUAACUGGUUUAAUUUUAAUUGUUUUUAAAUGUUAGGAUUGGUUUUAAUUGUUCUACUUUGUGCCUGUUU